UACCAGAAUCUCCACGAUGGCUUCUUGCUCGUGGUCGACUGGACGAAGCUGAAGUAAUCAUCAAAAGGAUUGCCAAGUCGAAUGGCGUCACAAUGAGAAAAGGUCUCAUGAGGGACAUAACUCUUAAUGAGGGACCGCACGCCAAAUAACAGCAAUGUUUACCUCCCCUGUUCUGCUACUCAGAUGUGUUAUUAUUUUCUUCAAUUGGCUGGCUAUCUACGUCAUAUACUACGGCAUCGGUCUCAACGUUGGCAACCUCAGCGGCAACGUGUACCUCAACUUCAUCAUAUCGAGCCUUGUGGAGCUAUUUGCGUACACCACCUUGCUAUUUGUGAUGGACAAAACAGGACGGAAGAAAAUCUACCUGGUUUCAAUGCUUCUUGGAGGCAUUGCCUGCCUGGCGACCAUCUUUCCUCUGAUCUAUGGAACUGAAGCACACACGUGGGUGACUAUUACGCUGUCGGUGGUUGGACGUUUUGGAGUCUCCUCUGCUUUUGGUAUAAUCUACGUCUUCUCUGCUGAAUUGUUUCCGACAGUUAUACGUCAGUCGGGCAUGGGGUCAGGAUGUAUCUUCGGUGGACUUGGAGGAAUGAUUGCGCCAUACAUUUCAGAUCUGGGAAUUCUUCUAGGCGGCCAUCACGCUUCAGUGUUGCCGCUGGUCGUGUUUGGAGGGAUUACGGUCUUUGCAGGUCUGACGUCUCUUGGUCUGCCUGAAACUCAAAAUAGGAAAUUGCCAGAAACAAUAGAGGACGCUCUUCAGUUUGGAAGAACCGAAAACGACAAAAAAGAACACGGUCUGUUGGAAUCAAAAUCUUAUUCUGAUGGUUGCGCUAGACCAAGUUGUGAGAUAGACGACGGUGGAAAAGCUGGUUGUGGUACAGAACAGCACACAUCGCUGCUUUAAAGGAAGAAGACCGGUAUUUCAUGCAUACAACCUGGACUAUAUAUUCACAGGAACUGCGAUGGAUACUUGCCUAAGACAGUGCAUCACAUAUGCCUUUUAAAGUACUAUUGGAUUACUAGCUGAAAAGGGCAAUAACUCAAUUAAUUCACUGCUAGGGAUGGAAUCUCCGAUACCUAAGAAAGAAUUACUACUAAGCUUAUCGAUGUAAUAAUCGUGGCUCUAAAUAUGGAAAGAAAGAAAGAAAUGUUUUAUUUAACGACGCACUCAACACAGUUUAUUUACGGUUGUAUGGCGUCAGACAUAUGGUUAAGGACCACACAGAUUUUGAGAGGAAACUCGC